AUGUCCCCCAAGCGCACCGCAACCGGUACCGUCCUCGACCCCGAUGCCCCAAUUGGCGGCGACCGGCUGUCCGUGAGGGAUCAAUUCGACACUUCCAAAGACCUGCGGCAAAUGCUCACAUAUGUUUCUGGAGACGCCACGAACGCUAAUCCUUUCGAGAAGGGUGGUGUGAUCUUCCGGGUCGGUGACCUUGUCGUCGUACAAAACUUCCGGGACGAUGGACCCGGUGCCGGGGAUAAGCAAAUGCCCGGUGCCUGGUUGGGAAUAUUACUCGACUAUAGUUUUGGCGGCAACCCGUGCAAUGACGGGAUCGUUCAUGGAGGUGUUGGUGGGCGUGUCGAUGCCUUCGCUGUGGCGUGGUGCUACAGCAAGUUCGACGUCGAGCAGCUCCUCGAUGCUAAGAUCCCGCAGCACGAGAUCGUGGAGCCUACGCUCGGCGAUGCUCACGGCAGGCUGUACAAAACGUUCCUGAGCGAUGAGGUCCCAGGGAACGUGCGGUUUAUCUGUACGGAGGUUGAAUGGAUCAAGGCGAAAUAUCUCCAAGGCGUGGCUUCGCCGGAGGACAUUGGCAAUGGUAUGAAUAGCGCGCGUACUGUCACUGUGCCGUUCAAGGGACCUUGGCUGGACGUGACAGCAACGGUAGAGGGGGCUGAAGAGGUCCACCACGUCGUCGUGAAGGUGCACGCCGACAUCAAUCUUCCGAUGGGCUUCGUGAAGGAGGAGGGCGCCGAGGGCGCGGUGAAGGAAGAGGAGACUGAGGGCGACGUGAAGGAAGAGGAGACCGAGGGCAACGUGAAGGAAGAAGACGACUGA